AUGCCUAAUAUUUUAAGCUUUUGGCUCUGGGUGCAAUCGCUGGGUGCUUAUAGACUCUUUCUGCUUUCCCUUUCCGCAGGAGAUGCAUCGGAGGGGACGGAGAAGCAGAGGAGCAGCCUGGGAGAGGAGGCGAAGAGAAAAGGAGGCGAAGGAGAACAGGAGUCUCGCGGAUUCUGUGCCGUUGCCACGGAGAUGCUUCGGAGGGGACGGAGCAGCGACAUCAGAGGCAAAGGAGCAGAGGAGGCAAAGGAGAAUCCCCUGCCACUGCUGUGCCGUGUGCUCAUCGGCCCUGAUCCUGUCUCUUCCCGUUUCACAGGAGAUGCUGUUGCAGAGGAGAUGGCGCAGCAGAGGAGACUGCGCAGCAGAGGAGAGGAAGGAGAUGGAGAAGAGGAAGGAGAUGGGGCAUUGGAGAGACAUGGAGCAGAUGGCACGGAGGAGAGAAGGCACGGAAGGGAGAAGGCCAAAGGAUCAGGGGAGCAGAGAACCGCACAGCUGCGAUUUCCCCUCAACGCGGCUGCUGCUGCUGUGAAGUGA